CACUACUGCAUCUGCACGUGGUGAUCGGUGGACGAGGUAUCAAAAUAUAACCUGAGUGAUGUGAGAUUCUCAUAGUAGUCCCUAAAAAUCAAUUUCAUUGUAAUUUAAACCAGCCACUCAUUCAGAUUUCUCGUCAUGAGUAAGAAGGGCUAUAAUUGGAAGGCACGAAAGACCACAAAUGUAGAAAUUGACAAUUCUGCAACCAAAGGGAUAAUAAUUGAUAUUGGAGCUCGAAAUGAAGAUUAUGAUCAGUGUAAUGCCUUGGUCAUUCCGAGUGAGAAAAGGAAAACUAAGUCCAAAGACAAGAAGGUUGCAGUCACUCGUUUACUAUCCAAAAAACGCAGAAAAGAAUUGGAGAAAGUUGUCGAUCGCAAACAAAAAAAGGCCAAUAGAGCAACACUGUUAGAAAAACUAGCAAAAGUACAAGCAUCUGAUGAUGAACUCAAACAAUAUAUGACUCUGGCUAAUAUACAAACUAAAGGUUUGAAACGACAUUUUCAAGAAGUAGAAAAAGGACUCAAACCAAAGGUUGUCAAGUCUGAACCUGAUCAAGAUCAGAUUGUCGUGAAUGCUAUCAAGGGGGCCAAAAAAGCUAGACUAUCUCUUCUUGGAACAAACAAUACAAGUGAGACGCAACUUGAUCCUAAUGUUGUUGGCAUUGAUGAAUCUAGUGAUAGCGAAAGUGACGAUGAAAGCGACAUCAGCAAUAGUAAAAUUGACAUUGAUCCAGAUGAUAAUGAUCUAAAAAAUGAACAAUCUACCAAUGAAACUGUCGUAAUCAUCGACCCAAAAUCUAAGAAAUCUAAUGAUGAAAUCCAAAAAAAUGAAGAAAAUUCAAUUUCAAAUGAACCAGUGAAGCGAACACCAGCUGUUUUUAUCACUUUAGAUCGUAAACCAGAGAUUCAAGCUGCCAGAUUGAAGCUCCCCAUACUGGCUGAGGAACAAUUGGUCAUGGAAACUAUAAAUUACAAUCCAGUUGUAAUUAUAGCAGGUGAAACAGGAAGUGGUAAAACAACUCAAGUGCCACAAUUCCUCUAUGAAGCUGGAUAUGCUAAAGACAAAAUGAUCGGAGUCACAGAACCAAGAAGAGUCGCUGCAAUAUCUAUGAGCAAACGUGUAGCAGAAGAAAUGAAUCUUACCAGUAAUGAAGUUUCAUAUCUUAUUCGAUUUGAGGGUAACACCACUCCUGAAACAAAAAUUAAAUUCAUGACCGAUGGUGUAUUACUGAAAGAAAUUCAAAGCGAUUUUCUUCUUAAUAAGUAUUCGGUUAUUAUUCUGGAUGAAGCUCAUGAAAGGAGUGUCUACACGGAUAUUUUAAUUGGUUUAUUAUCCCGAAUUGUUCCUCUACGGAACAAAAGGAAUAAUCCUCUGAAACUGAUCAUCAUGUCAGCCACUCUACGUAUCGAAGACUUUACAGAGAAUCCUAGACUCUUCAAAAUAAAGCCACCAGUUAUCAAAGUAGAAUCCAGACAGUUUCCUGUAACUAUACACUUCAAUAAGAGAACUAGUCAAAAUUAUGUUAAAGAUGCUUUGUAUAAAGCUGUUAAAAUUCACACUCAGUUGCCAGAUGGUGGCAUUCUUAUAUUCCUAACAGGGCAACAAGAAGUAAACACGGUAGUGCGUAAGCUACGUAAAGCAUUUCCAAUCAGAAAUAGAAAACUUCUCCUGAAACAACAAGAAGUAAAACAAAAGGAAAAAGCAGAGGAAACAAAUAGCAAUAACGGCGAGUCCGAUGAAGAUUUGGAUAUGGAUCGAGUCGCACGAAAUGCUAGAAAAAAUAAAAAGAAAACGAAGGAAAUAAAACUUCCUGAACUUAAUCUUGAUAACUAUGAUAUAACACCUCCAGAUGACACAGAAGGAGAUUUGUUAGACGCAGAAGAAAAUGAAGAUGGAGAAGAAGAUGAAAGUGACGAUGAAGAUGUGAAGAAUCUCAUGGACUCAUCAUGCACGCAACCAUUAUGGGUCUUACCGCUAUAUUCCUUACUUCCAAGUUACAAGCAAGCUAAGGUGUUCGAGCCACCUCUGGAAGGUUGCCGAUUAUGUGUUGUAUCAACAAAUGUCGCUGAAACUUCCCUCACAAUUCCUAACGUUAAAUAUGUCGUAGACAGCGGUCGCUGCAAAACCAGAAUGUAUGACAAAGUGACUGGCGUUAACGCUUUUCAAGUAUGUUACGCUAGCAAAGCUGCAGCUAACCAAAGGGCUGGACGUGCUGGUAGAACUGGACCGGGUCAUUGUUACAGAUUAUAUUCUUCGGCAGUUUUCAAUGAUCAGUUUGAACAGUUUGCUGUACCCGAAAUACAAAGGAAGCCAGUAGAUGAUCUGUUGCUGCAAAUGAAAGUAAUGAAUAUAGACAAGGUUGUGAAUUUUCCAUUUCCAUCAUCGCCGGAUAUAUUGCAACUGAAGUCUGCCGAAAAGCGCCUCUGCAUACUUGGAGCUCUGGAGCAGUCUGCAACUCCCAAAGAAAACCAAUACUGUGCAAAGGUGACGCCUCUUGGCUACAGCAUUGCAGCAUUCCCUGUAGCACCUCGCUAUGGAAAAAUGCUGGCACUGUCGCAGCAGCACAACCUGUUACAGUAUACAGUGUGUUUGGUGGCUGCCCUGUCUGUACAAGAAGUAAUGAUUGAGUCCAAUUCAAAAGACGGCUCCACUAAAAAUCAGUGGACUUCGACACGUCGUAGUUGGGCAGGGACUGGAAAUAGUCUACUUUUAGGUGAUCCAAUGGUGUUGAUUCGAGCCGUUGGAGGGGCCGAAUAUGCCGGAUCAAAGGGAACAAUGGUCAAGUUUUCUGAGGAGCAUGGACUCCGGCAUAAGGCUUUAACAGAAAUCAGAAAAUUACGGCAACAGCUAACCAACGAAAUUGUCCUGAACAUACCAGGUCUGGAUUUGACUGUUGAUCCAAGAAUGGCUCCUCCAACGGAUACACAAGCCAGACUGCUUAGACAAAUUUUACUCUCUGGGAUGGCUGACCAGAUCGCACGCAAAGUUUCUCCAGAUGAAAUCAAGGAAGACCAGGAUAAAGCAAAAUGGAAAUACGCAUACAGAUGUUUGGAAAUGGAAGAUCCGGUAUUUAUGCAUUCGUCCUCGGUACUUAAAAAAACCUGCCCUGAAUGGGUAGUGUAUCAGGAAGUUUAUGAAACGAACAAAAUUUAUAUGCGAGGUAUCACAGCUAUACAACCAGAAUGGUUGCCAAAGUUCGCCUCUUCUCUGUGCCAUCUAAGUGAGCCUUUAAGUGACCCAUUACCCCGAUAUGAUCAAAAAUCGGGAAAAGUCAUGUGUCAUGUAACGGGAACAUUUGGGCGUGGUGGGUGGGAGCUGCCAAUUAUUGAAACGGAAUACCCAAAUUCUCUCGAAGGAGUUAAAUGGUUUGCUCGAUUUUUCUUAGAGGGUGAAAUUUGCCCAAAAUUAAAACGUUUUACUCCCUUACUACUCUCAACACCUUCCACAAUGAACAAGACUUGGGCCAAAUUAUUGCCUCGAACCGAAGCCAUCACAAAAGUGCUACUUGCGAAUCAAGUUACGUCAAAGGAGAAGCUAGAGGAGAUGUGGGACACUGAUUCUAAAUUUCUGCUAUGUGCGUACCAACUGUGGCUACCUGAAUCAGCGCGGAGUGAGGUUGCACUACUUUGGCCACCAGUGUGAACCAUUUGGAGGGCACGAAUUAUAUUGUAAAGAAUAUUUCAGCUAAUAAAUGAAGCCGUGAGUAAAUAAGCGGAUGAAUAAAAAAAAAACCUUACCGUAGUAAUAAUCUAAACAACGUGUCCCCUAUUUUUGGAAAAUAGUAUAGCUACUAUUUUUUGUGACAUCCGUUGUAGCCAAGAAUGGUGUAUUGGAAAUCAAUUAGCGUACAAUUAUUUAUGUAAUUUAUUUACAACAUUCUCAAAAGGAAUAUAUCGAAAGUGUCGAUCUACAAAGGUCUUUGUGGCUAUACAAUUUUAUUGUAAUAUACCAUUGUCAACAAAAUUUGUUUAAAAACUUUAAUUUCUUAAAACUAAAUGUGCCUAGCAAUUGCACUACUUUUGGUUUCAAACCCAGAGUCAUCAUAUUGCAAUACUUCAUGAUGAAAUGAAUAAAUAACUUGACAAAAGCA